AUGAGCGACAAGAACCCCUCCACCACCCAAGAAGCAGAGAAGCCACAAGCACCAAACCCGACGCAGGCAGACCGGAGCACCGAGAAGCAGAACGCCGCCGCAGCCGAACGGGGCAGCGAAGAAGAUGCGACGACGACGCGGCCUCCCGGCCAGCCCGGCCCCAGGAAGCUGCAGUCGCAUUUCAAAGGCAUGCCCAAGGACUGGGAGAAGAACCGAGUUCCCAAGAAGGAGACCUGA